AUGUCCUCCACUAGAGGAAUGAGUUAUUUCUUCUUUCUCACAAUAUUCCCUUUGUGCCUCUUUCCCAAAGUUGUCUUAGCCCUUUUGUACUCGCACGCAGACAUUUUUGUUCCCAUGGCUCCCAAGACUCUUGGGCCUUUUCAGGCAAGCGAUCUUUCCACUGAAGCCUUUGGUAGUAGUUAUUUGUGGCUGGAGCUUUUCGAAGGCUGCAAUGGCUUCGUGACCACUACUAUAGUGGAGCAGGAUUUUGUAAGGGAUCUCUACUGGGUCCCUAAAUCUAUGGAGUUGGUGUUGCCCAACCCAUCUGAUCGGAUUCUCGACCUUCAAGGGUGUCUGGUGGACGUUCUAAACCAAAUGGUGGAGGAGAUGGACUUGGUGCUCAACGCCUCUCUCUUUGGUGAUGCCCUGGCGUUCGUUCCAGGCUCUCCUAAGGUCUCAUUUGAGAGAUUCGAAGCUUCACUCUCUUCUUUGUCGACGGGUGAGUCUGAAUGUUAUGUCUGGUGGGUUGUGGCCAAGGUUGGAUUGUCAUCGCCAGUUUGGGGUAGUAUCUCAAAGGGUGGGUCUUCACCAUCUUUUUCCAAGGACGUGCUCCCGUCGAAGACUUUCCAUGCAAGGGCAAAACAUCGCGUGCCCCACCCAGAAAUGGUCCCAGUUGUUUACUUGCCACUGGGAGAGGUGCCACCUAACAAUACUGCUCAUGUUGGCAGACGAUUUGCAUUCUAUGCCCUGGUUUUGUCCAUUGAGAUGUUAGCCUCCCCCAACUCACCUGAGCGUCCCUCUCUUCCAAGGGCAUUAUUCUUGGGUCGGUUGGAUUAUGCAACAUCACUCUUCCUUAAAGGAGUAAGCACAAUCCUCCUGUUCGUACAUGGUGAGGGCUUGUCGGGCCAUCUUGGAAGAAAGGAGAAAGUGGGAGGAUGCAUAUUCUUAGCUAAGCUCUCAUUGCCGAGCUCAGGAGGCCGAUGUUGCUACCUUGAAAGUGGAGGAAAAUGCCCUCAACCGGCUUUAGGGGAGCGUUCUAGAUUGUUGGCUUGGCUUAGAGACCAGAUCUGGCAAGCGUCUACAAUGAGCACUCAACCAACUUCAGUGGGAGUGUUCUCGACCGCUGGCUUGGCCCAGAGGCUGUAUCGGGUUAGUGUUAGUAACGAGCACUCGGCCAACUUCAGCGAGGACAUUCUUGAUUGUUGGUUUGGCCUGGAGGUCGUAUCAGGCGAUGACCUCCGCUCAGUAAAUAUUAAAUACUUAAUAAACAAAAACUCAUUGAUGCUAAACCCAUUACCACAUUUAACGAGCAUUGACACCUAUAUAUUUAGUAGGUGCUAUAUCCUUGCCCCGGGCCUCACUUCUCUCCCUCGAGCAUCUGUGUCUCUCAACACACCCACCAUGAAUAAUCUCAGAAAAGGAACUAGAUUCUUGGCCACUUUCUUGCCCAUUUCAGCCAUUGUCUUGGUGUUACUCUCCCAAAUAACCCAUUUGAGAAAGAGCCCCAAAACCAUAAACAAUCACCACAUACGCAUCCACAAACACUUCCAAGUAGCCCACUCAACAUGCCAAGGCACACUCUACCCUGACCUCUGCGUCUCAACCCUCUCUUCUUUCCCAGAUCUCAUCGCCAAAACACCCCGACAGAUAAUCUCGGCCACCGUAAACUACACCAUAUCCGAGGUACGAACCUCCUCCUCAAACUGCACCGGCAUUCGGCAGAAGCUCAAGAAUCUCGACCCUCUUGGAAAGAGAGCUCUCGACGAUUGCCUUGAGCUCCUUGACGACACCCUUGCCGAGCUUCAUGCAACCAUCUCCGAUCUCUUCCCUAAGGAAUCAGCCACCCAGAAUAAUUUCCAUAACUUGCAAACAUUUUUAAGCGCGGCAAUGACUAACCAGUACACGUGCCUUGAUGGAUUUGCUUAUAGCAACGGAAGUCAUGUGAGAAAAAUGAUCAAGAACAGCUUGUAUAGUAUCUCUCACCAUCUAAGUAAUGCUCUCGCCAUACUCAAGAAAAUCCCCAGAGUUAACAAAUCCGAGUCCGAGGUAUACCCUGAGUAUGGAGAAAUGAAAGAUGGGUUUCCUUCGUGGGUUUCGGGGAAGGGCAGAAAACUGUUACAAUCUUCAUCAAUGAAUGGGACAAAAUAUGACUUGGUGGUGGCCAAGGAUGGAACUGGGAAUUUCACUACGAUCGGUGAGGCUGUGGCUGCUGCUCCAAACUCCAGCACAACCAGGUUUGUGAUAUACAUAAAGGCAGGUGCAUAUUUUGAGAAUGUCGAGGUUGAGAGGAACAAGACCAAUUUGAUGUUCAUUGGAGAUGGAAUUGGAAAGACGAUUGUGAAAGCAAGUAGAAAUGUGGUGGAUGGGUGGACUACAUUCCGUUCAGCCACCGUAGCUGUGGUGGGCAACGGAUUCAUAGCCAAAGGUAUCACCUUUGAGAACUCUGCAGGGCCUAGUAAACAUCAAGCCGUGGCCUUAAGGAGCGGCGCAGAUUUCUCUGCCUUCUACAAAUGCAGCUUUGUAGCCUACCAAGACACUCUUUAUGUCCAUUCCCUCAGACAAUUCUACCGCGACUGUGACAUCUAUGGCACAAUCGACUUCAUCUUCGGAAACGCUGCAGUUGUUCUCCAAAACUGCAACUUGUACGCCCGGAAGCCUAAUGAAAACCAGAGAAACAUUUUCACUGCCCAAGGGAGAGAGGAUCCCAACCAAAACACUGGCAUCUCAAUCUUGAACUGCAAAGUUACUGCUGCUUCUGAUUUCAUUCCAGUGAAGGCAUCCUUUAAAACUUACCUAGGUCGUCCCUGGAAGGAGUAUUCUAGAACUGUUUUUCUCAAGUCAAGCAUUGAUGAUUUGGUUGACCCAGCUGGGUGGUUGGAAUGGAAUGGAACGUUUGCAUUGAGCACCCUUUAUUAUGGGGAGUACAUGAACAGAGGUCCGGGUUCAAACACAAGUGCAAGAGUCACAUGGCCUGGUUAUAGGGUCAUCAACAGCUCGGCCGAGGCAAGCCAGUUCACAGUAGGGGCAUUGAUACAAGGAAAUGAGUGGCUGAAUUCUACUAGUGUUCCUUACUAUCUCAAUUUGAGUUGAAUCCAGAAAAUUAUAAUAUAGCCUCCUGAUCAUUUGCUUUAUUUGUAAUGUUAAGAAGCUAGAUGAUUGAAUUACAACAAUCAUUUAUAUGGGUUUGUGUGAAAGUACUGAAAUUUCUCUGAGACAGAUUCUGAUGUUGAGCAGUGAUCAAGGAAGGAGUAAAGUUUCCAUUA